AUGGCCACAAUCACGACAACGGCUUCCGCCACCCCCACGGCCUCGGCCUCGACGUCCGCCAUCGAGCUCCGCCCCCUCCCCCUCCAAAUCUCCCACAAACCGUACCCCGUCCCGCCAACCCAGCCGGCCGAAGACAGCAUCGACCCGAUCCUCCGCGCCUCGCGCGAAGCCGACUCGGCCGUGCCCGAGGGCGGCUACGGCUGGGUCGUCGUCACGGGCUGCUUCGUCAUCGCCUGGUGGAUCAUCGGCACCUCUUACUCGUGGGGCGUCAUCCAGAGCGCCCUCAUCGACGACGGCCUCGCCACCCCUGCCGUGCUUUCCUUCGUCGGCUCCCUCGCCGCCGCCCUCAUCUCGGCCCUGGCCAUCGUCAACUCGCGCGUCAUGAGACGCAUCGGCCCGCGCAGGACAGGGCUUCUAGGGAUCGCUCUGCUGGGCCUGAGCGAGCUGCUCAGCAGCUUCGCCGUGAAGAACGUCGGCGCCAUGUUUGCGACGAGCGGCGUCAUCAUGGGCCUGGGUAUGAGCUUGUGCUUCUCGAUCGUCUCUGUGAUCCCAGCCCAGUACUUCAGCCGCAAGCGGGGUCUGGCCAACGGCAUCGUGUUCGCCGGCGGUGGCCUGGGCGGCGCCGUCAACAGCUUUGCCUUGGACGCCCUGCUCAGUCGCGUCGGCUCGGCGUGGGCCUACCGCGUUUUGGCCCUCGUCACCCUGGCCACGGGUCUACCCGCCGCAUGGCUCAUCAAAGAGCGCGUUCCUAUUAGGGGCUCCGGCUUCGUUGAGUGGCGCCUCUUCAAGUCCUUCACAUUCCUAGUCGUCUUCCUGGCCGGCGCAGUCGGCACAUUUCCGCUCUUCGUCCCGCCUUUCUUCCUCCCCCUGUACUCCAAAUCCAUUGACCUCUCCUCCUCGACGGGCGCGGGCCUCGUCGCAGGCUUCAACUUCUCCUCGGCCAUCGGCCGCAUCUGCUGCGGCGCCCUUUGCGACAAGCUGGGCGCGCUCAACGUGCUUUGCGCCUCACUGACGCUGUCGGCCGUCAGCAUGCUGGCCAUCUGGCCCGUGUCGACGACGCUGGGGCCCAUGAUCGUCUUCGUUAUUGUCAACGGCAUCUCCAACGGCGGCUUCUUCUCGACCAUGCCCACCGUCGUCGGAAAUGUGUUUGGGUCUGCGAGGGUGUCCGUCGCGAUGAGCAUGAUCGUGACGGGCUGGGCCGGGGGUUAUCUCAUGGGCGCCCCCAUUGCUGGCUAUCUUCUCGAGGCAUAUGGAGGCGCGGAAAACGGCCUCCAGGCGUACCGCCCUGCCAUGUUCUACGCCGGUUCGUUAUCACUGGCAGCAGCAGGCCUUGUCGCACUGGUUAGGUUCCGGAUAAACCACCGUAUUCUAGCGAGGGUUUAA